CUCUCCACUACCCAGCAUCCCUGCGGAUCUAUAAUGUGUCACUUUGGUGCUGAAAUUCAAGAGGGAAUCAACCAAACACGCACUCUAAAUCUUCUCUUGCUCUCGGCGCUCAGUCAGAAUGGUGUUGGACAGGGUGGGCAGCAGCAGGCCCCUGGCCGACGACUGUCCUCAGCAAAGCCUGCAGCCGCAACAAUCGCCCAACGGCUGCAGCCGCGCCGGACUCAACGGCUGGUCGCCGGGCAUCUCCUCCUCCAUCGGCGGCUCGUCCAGCGACCUCUCAGACCUGGAUGAAGACCUCGAAGAGGAGGGUGACGAGGACGACGACCUCGUCAGCCUCGGCUCGAGGCGGUCCGGCAAACGCAGCCCCCGCGCCUCCAACACCCCGCCCGGUGCCAACUCGGCGGCGGGCUCCAACGUCAGAGCUUCCGGCUUGCCCAUUCCAUUAGGAACAGGACCACCGAGGCUUGUGCGCAAAAUUUUCACUAAUAGCAGGGAGAGGUGGCGUCAGCAGAACGUGACUAGCGCAUACGCUGAGCUGAGGAAGCUCGUGCCCACCCACCCUCCUGACAAGAAGCUGAGUAAAAACGAAAUUUUGAGGAUGGCCAUCAAAUACAUCCGCCUUUUGGACGACGUUCUGAAGUGGCAGGAUUCGCAAGAAAAUCUUGGCAGCUAUGACAGAAACGGCAAUUUGCAAAAUUCCAUCAGCUCGACUGGCAGAAUCAAGCAGGAGCCCGCGGAGGAAAGAAGCAGCGCUGAAAAUGGGCCAGCUGCAAAACGAUUCAAAAUAGAAAAACACUAAUUUCAUGAAUCAGCUAAUGAUUGGUUUAAUUUUAUUUUAUUUUAAACAUUUUCUGAUCCGGAAUAUUCAACAAAAUACGUUUAAGCAUUAUCAUAAACGGUGUAAAUCAUUAAGUGAAUAUCAACAUUCACGUGUUGUUUUAGCUUUACAAGUGGUCUAGUGUAUAGAUCGAAAGUAAUGGAUGAGAAUUCAUCUAGUCUCAUUUGUAAAUAAAUAAAGAAAAACAAAUUGCCACUUAAUGUGUCAAUAGAUAAACUUUAGUUUUUGCUUCGAAUAAACUUUACAUAGGCGUUUUAAGUGUAUAAACAAUAUACUGAAGAAAUAUUGAUCUGGAGAAUUUUCUUCAUACUGCUGUAUAAUGCAAUAAAUAUGUAGGUGUUAAGAAAAGUGGAA